UAGGCAAUUAAUAAGAGUAUUAUUGUGGCUACUAGAUACUUCUGAAUUGGAAAUAAAAUUAACAAUUAAAAACCAAAAAAAUUAUUUAUUUAUAAACGUCAAUUUAUUGUUAAAUGAUUUUAUUCUUUGAUUAGAUAUUAUAUUUUUAGAAAAGAAUUUGCAUGACUAAAAAAGAAAAUCAAUGAUUUAAGAGAAAUAAAUAAAUAAAUAAAGAAAAAUAAAAUGAAAAUUGAAGAGGUCAACUUGAACUCAUUAUUGACCAUUCAAAACUCUUUUACGUGUAGUGAACUGAAUACCAAACCAAACUCAAUUUUCCUUCGUAUUAUAUAAACUAAAAGCCUUAAAAAUUUUACAUGAAAUAAAACCCAAAAAAAAAAAAAAAAAAAAAAAAAGCUCUGCAAUUGCAUCACCGCUAUGGAACACCAAAACCAAACAGAGACGGUGAUUAUAAUGAACAAAGAUAUAGAAACCGAGUUAGAGGAAGCUGAGUCAAAUCAGUCGCCGAGUCUUGAUGGAGUGGAGGAGAUCCUUAAAUACAAAUUCAAGAACAGAAGCUUAUUAGAAGAAGCUUUUACAGAUUCUUCGUUUCCUGGUAAGUGCUUUUCUUACGAGCGAUUAGAGCAUGUUGGUGAUUCAGUCCUCAAUCUCCUUUUCACUAAAGAACAUUACUUCAAGUACCCGAAUUUGCCGCCCGGAGAUUUGACCCGGCUCCGUGCUGCCAAUGUUGAUACUGAAAAACUCGCACGUGUUGCUGUCAAGCACGGGUUUCAUCGGUUCUUGCGUCAUAAGAAACCUCUUCUUGAAGAACAAAUUCGAGAGUUCAGUCAAGCUAUCUUGGAGUAUCCAUUGCACUCCAAUGGACUAGUGGAUGUGCCAAAGGUCCUCGCCGACAUUGUUGAAUCAGCCAUUGGUGCUGUUUUCAUUGACAGCAAUUCUUCAGUAGAUACUGUCUGGAAGGUGUUUAAGGACUUGUUGGAACCCAUAAUUAAUCGAGAAACACUCAAAAUACAUCCGGUUACCCAGUUGUAUGAAGUAUGCCAGAAGCGAAAUUUAAAAGUAAAGUUCGUGGAUUUAUGGAGAGAAAGCAUGGCAGUUGAUGUGUUCAUAGAUGAUCAGCUUGUGGGUAGAGGAACAUACGGCCUCAAGAAAGAAAUUGCUCAUAAUAGAGCAGCAAAGGAUGCUCUGGACAACAUUGGAAGAAUACUUGGCGACAAAGAUACAACUGAUCAUGCAUCAUGCUUCCUUCAAACUGACAUUGAUGAACAAAAAGGUAAUAUAUGUUUGUAGAUGGUCACAUGUAUAUCUUAUGUACUUUGAUUAACAUGCCUAUUCGAUCGUCCUGAUUUGGUUGGAACAUGUAACAUAUUGAUGUUAUCAUUGUCCUGGAACCAUUCGAUGCUGUAUUGAUGUUUGUAAAUGAAAAAGGUUGAACAUCUUUAGAAUUGGAAAA